UUUUUUUUUUUUUUUUUUUUUAUCGUCUUGUGAGAGUGAAGCAGAUUUCCUACAGGGAUCGAAAAUAAUGCAGGCAGUUUUUUUUUUUAACUGUGCAUAUGACACGGACACUCUUUAUUUUACCUCUUUUCUCUGAUUGAUAUUCCAUUUUUUGCUCUCCCCUUCUUUCCCGUUCUUAAACCCCCCAAAAAAAGAAGCAUACAUCCAGCAAAUAUUUAAUUAUUUUUUUUCUUAAACCGAUAUAAAAAUGGCCAAUGAUUUCCAAUAUCAACCAAUACCCAUGGUUGAAGAAGAAGGAGAUCAUCUUGCACGGCGUGAAGCCGAAAAGAAGCUGGUGCGCAAAUAUGAUUUCUUCUUGCUACCUUUUCUCAGCUUGAUGUACCUCUUCUCGUCUCUCGAUCGUUCGAGUCUAGGCAACGCUGUUCUCGAUAACUUUGAAGCCGAUGUUGGUUUAACCCACGAUCAGUUCAAUUGGUGCGUCACGAUCUUCUAUGUAGGAUUUCUAAUAUUUCAAAUUCCAAGCAAUAUGCUCCUCAAACGGUUUACUGCUCGACGAUGGCUGCCUUUGUUGAUGCUUGCUUGGGGCACCGUGGCGUGUUUGCAUGCUUCUGUAAAGAAUUACGCACAGCUGAUGGCAUUCCGUUUUCUUUUGGGAUUCUUCGAAGCCGGCUUUUUUCCAGGGGUCAUCUUUUUUCUCACCUCGUUCUACAAGAAGAAUGAAAUGGCUACACGCAUUGCCAUCUUUUGGGGAUCCACUGUAGCAGCUCAUGCGUAUGCGGGCGUCCUGGCCUACGGAAUCCUUCAAUUUCGAGGGGCAGGUGGUCUAACCGGGUGGCAGUGGCUUUUCCUCAUCGAAGGCAUCCCCACGGUCCUGCUUGCCUUUGUGGCAAUGCUGUAUUUGCCAGAAUCGCCCUCAACAUGGAGUUUUCUCACCGAGGAAGAGAAGUCGCUUGCUGUUACCCGGCUGGUCGAUGGGCCUUGGCAUACAACCUUGGGCGACCUUUCUGCAUCUAAUAAACAACAGAUCCUUGAAGCAAUGACCGACUGGAAAGUGUGGAUGUGGAUGCUCAUGUUCUUCUGUGGCAGUGUGCCAAAUACAAGCAUUUCAAACUUCCUUCCUUCCAUUGUCAAAGGCAUGGGUUAUGAUGAUAAAUUAUCAGCCAAUCUCAUGUCCGCUCCACCAUACCUCUGUGCCGUGGUAGUGAUGAUUGGUCUCGCCUAUUCUUCGGACCGUCGCAAUGAUCGCGCCUACCAUGCUAUUCUCGGUGCUCUGAUCUGUCUUCUUGGCUAUAUUUUGUUGGUUGUUCUUACAGGGCGUUCGGCCCUUUAUGCGGGUGUCUGUAUCGCUGUGGCCGGCAUUUUCGUCAUCAAUCCUAUUGUCAACGCGUGGUUGACCAGUAACAUUGCCCCGGAUAUGAAGAAAAGUGUAGCCACAGCCAUGGGCGUUUCGGCGAACAAUUCUGCAGGUUUGCUGGGAUCCAAUAUAUAUCGCGCAUCAGAUGCACCUCGUUACAUUCGCGGCCAUACCAUCAACCUUAUCUUUAUUUCCUUAUUUAUUUUACUUGCCUUAAUCCACCGCCAGCUCCUGAAACGCACCAAUCGAAUCAAGGCCAACUUGGCCCAAGCCAAAGAUGUAGCAGAAGAUGCAAGUGUCCGCGACGAAGACACCAGUGAGACUGUGCAUGAACAACCUGAUAUGCCUUCGGGUGAUCACGACGUACGCUUCCGUUACCACCUAUAACCUCUUAUUCUUACUCAAAAUA